AGCCAGGGCCAAAGAGGCGGGCGGGCAGCCGGGCGGGCGGGCCCUCCGCUGCCGAUUCCGCUUGGCUGGGGCAGCGCUUUGGGGGAAAGGCGAGCGAGCAGGCGCCGCUGGCGGGGUUGCUUUGGGAAGAGGCGGGUAAAGGAAAGAAGGGGAAGGGUCCUGCCCUGCCAACCCUUGCAGAUGGAAACAGAGAGGUGAAACCAAGAAGAAGUCAGUCUUGUGGUGGACGCACAGAGAAAUAAAGAGGCCCUAAUAUGGCUGUUCGGAAUGUGCUGGUGACCGGUUGCUCUUCAGGCAUUGGACUGGCCCUGGCAGUUCGUUUGGCCAGAGAUGAGCUGAAGCGAUUUCGAGUUAUUGCUACCAUGAGGAAUUUGGCAAAGAGGCAAGCUCUAGAGAUGCAAGCAGGGCCUGUAUUGGAGAAGACUCUGGAAAUCAAGGAGUUAGAUGUGACCAGCGAGGAGUCAAUCCGACACUGCGUGGACAGCAUCCCUCAGCGCAGGGUGGAUGUUCUUGUGAACAAUGCAGGAUUGGGCAUGAUCGGUCCAGUUGAAAGCCAAAGCCUGACUUCAAUGCAGCAUCUAUUUGAUGCCAACUUCUUUGGCUUGGUGCGUCUUGUCAAGGAAGUCUUCCCUGACAUGAAGAAACGAAAGCAGGGACAUGUGGUAGUGAUGAGCAGCGUCCUCGGUUUGCAAGGUCUCCUUUUCAACGACAUCUACUCAGCCUCCAAAUUUGCUGUGGAAGGAUUCUGUGAGAGUCUGGCUCUGCAGGCUCUGAAAUUUGGGGUCAACAUCAGUCUGAUUGAACCUGGGCCAGUGAUAACAGAGUUUGAGAGGAAGCUUUAUGAAGAAGCAGCCAAUAUGGAUCUCUCUGGAUUAGAUAAAGAGACACUAGAUAUAUUUCAAGGCUUCUACAUGGCCUACUCCAAGGAGGUCUUCACCGCAUUGGGACAAUCUCCCGAGGAAGUGGCAGAGCAUACGAUGAAAGUGAUUACCUCUGACCAACCUCCUUUUCGGUAUCAGACCAACAGCCUCUAUACUCCCAUUACCACCCUCAAACACGCUGACCCCAGCGGGAACCUGCCUCUGAAUGCCUUUCAUCAGAUGAUCUUCCAGCACGAUCGGCUCUUCAAAGCCAGCCUCAGCCUCCUCAAAAUGCUCCAGUGGAGGAAGAGGCGGGACAUGGAUUAUAACAAGUCCCCCUGAAAAGAGAUGGACACCUCCACCUCUGAGACCUCUCAUUCCCAGAAUAGAGGACAUGACCCACGUGCAGGCUUCCUAGAGAGUUUAGCGUCAAGAAUAUCCCUGGCUAUGGUGACUGCAUUCACACACUGGAUGCAGAGGCAACACUGUUACGAGGCAAGUCCCCUGCCUCAGGCACUAUAUUCUAGAAGAUGUCUUACAGUGGCAGAGUGCAGGCAGGCAUAACUGAUCCCUGGGGCACAGCUUGAUAUCAAGGCCAUGCUUUAUCAUUUUCUUCUUGCACAAGACCUCUUUCCAGGGUAUUUUCCACCUGUGUCAAGGAGGGAGAAUGGGAUGCCAUUUCAACAUCAAUAUCAUACUAUCACCACCUCAGGCAACAGAGCAGAUAAACUGUUGGCUCUUACGGAGAGAUUCCAAGUUCCCACCAGUAAAUGAGGUCAAACAAAUUCUUCUUGUUGGAAUGAAAUACCCAAAUGCUCUGUGUGUAACUUGCCUCAGCAUUGUUUCCCCUCUGAUCCAUUUAGGAAUCUCAUUACCAGGAGUGACCUGAAGGAUUAUUUUGUGUAACCUGGGCAAGCAGUAAGAGUUGACUGGGUGACAAUUCCUGAACCCCCUCCCCCUCAAUUUGUGUGUGUUCUUUUUAAAGGAGAGAUGAGAGAAAAUCAGAACCACAAGCAUCUUGGGAAAAGGUCAAUUCCUAGCCUUCCAUGUUCAAGCUGACUACUUGAGCAGUUCCACACAUUGUGCUGUAUGCUGAGUUAGAAUGAGAUGGUGGCAUACUGGACUGUACCACUUUUGACUGCAGCAUAACCUAGAUGUGUCAUAUUUCUGAAUGUCCCUUUAUAUAAGCAAAAGAAAAUGAAUAUCCAUGCUCUUUUAGCUUUGUAGCUCACCUGUGGCAUCUCUUCCAAAUCCAAAGGAGAUACCUCAGUGUGCAAACUGAUUUGUUAUGGUGUUGAAUUGGAUAAUUUCUAUCUGAUCCCUUGGUUUACAUCAUGUGCUAAGUGACUCUCAAAUCAGCUUUACGCUUCUCUAAAAAGAAAUGUAACAGGGAGACAUGCUCCCAACGAGAGAUAUGCAUACAGUAGCAGAAUUCAUGCUGUGACCUUCCAAUUCUUGACCAUUCCAGUUCACUCUUUUCAGACCCCAAGAAUAGGAAUUUAGAUAAGUUAAUUUUAGGGACUUUCCCAGAAUCCUUUAGAACUAUGACAUUAGAGAUUCUAGAUGACCUAGUCCCCAAAAUUAACUUUGUUCAGCUCUGCUGCCACUUGAAUCUCAAGUCUGUGUCUGUUGAAAAAGUCCAAAAGGAUGAAAUAGUUAAGCACACUUUUAAAGUUUUUUUUCCUUCUGAAAAUGAAACUAAGGGACUAAUAAUGCAAGAAAGCCGGUGGAAAACUAAGACUAGGAGGUUGGAGCAAGAAAAAUGGUCAGAAGAGAAAGAUAUUAAUUUUUGGUUUUGGAAAAACAAUGUAAACACAUCUAAAUAAAGCCAGAAGGAGGAAAGGAAGGAGUCCAUCAUGAUGGAGGAUGUUGAGGGAACACGUUGACAAGAGUUGGUGCACUGGCACACAAUUGUGUAAACCAGAAAGUCACUAGUGCAGCAAUAUCUUCAAAAUUUCCAAUUUAUGCUGACAGGGUUUUUUUUUGCUGUCUUGCAAGGGACUCCAAAGCCUAUAAUAUGUAUUGGAUAGUCUAGACACCUAGGGGUAUGGCUUCACAGCUAGUAUAGCAUGUGGAAUUAUGUUUGAAGUAUAUCAGACAGGCCCACAUUCAAUCCUUUGCUCUGAAGGUAGUAUCAUCCCCUUGAGCUGUUAGUCUGACAUGGAUCUUACAGGCCUGUGUGCAAGGGUGAGUAAGGAAGAGAUAUUCUUACCUGAGCUCCCUGGACCAAGAGUAGCAUGAAACUGUACUAAAUUAAAUGACCCUCAAUAGGACUCUUUUUUUUUUGUUUUGUUUCUGCAAUGGUUUCCUCCUCUUCCUCCUCCUCUCUGUCUUCAAACCUUCUUUCAUCAGACUUGUGGGAGAUGUUUCUUACCAAAUCCAAAAGAACUCCAAUCUUGUGGGCUUUGACAAGACAUGGCCCAGUGUUGCAAUCCUGUUGCAUGAAUACUCAGAACUAAAUCCCAUGCAAUUCAGUGGGACAUCUUCCCAGUUGAUGGUCUAUGGUCGUGGUUCUCAACCUGUGUUUUGGCCUUCAACCAAGAAAUCCUAACAGAUGGUAAACUGGUUGGGAUUUCUGGGAGUUGUAGGCCCAAACAUCUGGGCUCAGUGGUUCUCACAGGUUGAGAACCACUGAUCUACAGAUUAUACUUAGUUUUACACAUUUCUCUACUCAGUAGUCUGUUAAAUAAAUAGUUAUUUACAGCAGCUGCCUGCUUUGAAUCUAAUUGAUAUUUUAAUUUAAAAAAUCACAGUCAUUGUCUAUUUAGAAUAUCUUUUCAACAAAUACCUUGUGGGAUGGUAUAAUUUAGAAUUUUCCACCUUUGUGGAAAAGAUGUAAUUCAGAUACUAACAACAAUUUAUUACAUAAUUUUAAAAAUGCACUACAUUGAAACAUUGGCAGUGUCAACUUUUGUCAGAAGUUAUGCUGGAGGACAUAGAGUGAUGUUCUCCCAGGCAAAGUAGCAGUAUUUUUAGUUACAAUGUUCCCAUUUUUGCAGGGGUCUGUCAGCCCAAAUCCCAGUUAAUGUGGAGCACUGGUUGUAUAUCCAAACAAUUGAAAAUAUCCAACAAAAAUAUCCCAAGUGAAAGUGUAAUAUGGCAGAACCUGGAAAAUGUUUGGUGUCUACAACUCUUAGAAUCUGCUAGCCAACAGGUUCUACCAGCCAUGGCAAUGUUGGCUUGGGGAUUCUGGGAAUUGUUGCCCAAAUAAGUAACUUUUCCAAAUUCAGCAAUUCUAAUAUUACCCUUAAACAAGGAUAUAUGGCAACUAUACAUUCCAGACCUUGUCAGGAUUGGCAUCUAAAGUUGGCACUAUCAGGCAGUUCAUGACAAAUUAAGCAAUCAAGGAAGCUUAUUGUGAAAACAGAGGUACUAGGGCUUCAGGGCCAGACAAAGAAAAGCUAGCAGUCACCCAGCAUCAAAGCUUAUUCAUCCUAAUACCCACUGAACUGCCAUCAGAGGCGUGCAGAAAUUGUAGUGAUGGGGCUUAUCAGUAAUUCUUACCUUCUGAAACAAAAGGCAUAAUUUCAGCACAUUUGUUUGCAUGUGCUGGGGAUGGCCUUAGAAGAAAAUAUUCCCCACAGUACAGGAAGAGAGAAGGGGAAAAAUCACCUCUAAGGUGACAAUUGGUAUCUGCACAUUUUGUUAACUGCUUUUUAUUUAUUUUUAAAAAUCAAUCCCAGAUUAGUAAUUAGGGUUGCUUCUUUAGCCUGCUAACUACCUAACUCAUGCCUUUAGCCUGCCAAAAUCAGCUAACUGAGAUGUUACCAUAGUAUCAAUUCUGCAAGAUCUUAGAAAUACCACCCGAUCUUUAGGGAAUCGAUUUCUGCAGACCUAAAUCAGUGUCCACCUUGAGUUCUAACCUGCUAUGAAGUCCCCUCAUUUUUCUGUGAAGGGAGAGUACAUGUUGCUUUACUAGAUUUAUUUUAAAAUGUGUGACAGUACUGUUGAUGUAAUAUAGGGGCACCAUGGGACACAUGUGUUCAAAUUCCAUUUUUUUGGCCAAGAUGUGGCACAAAUUACCUUGGAGCAGCCACUGUGUUUUUCAGCUUAAUGGGAUAAUUGUGAGAACUAAAUAAAACGGAGAAACCCCUCAAUAAAACAGCCUCGAGCAUCUUGGAGAAAAAUUAACUUGCUGGUUUAGCAAAUGUCACUCUUAGCUAUAGAAGUGUAUUUUAGUGUGUCAGAUCCUCAGUUGAAGGAGUUUUGAUUUGUUUUAUGUUUCUAGUAUUGCUGUUAAGCACUCUCCAACUUGUGGUGACCCUAUUAUAGAGCUUUUUGACGUGGUUUAUUCAGAAAGGGUUUGCCAGGCUGAUAGAGUGUGACUUACCCACAGAUAUCCUGUGGGCUGUCAUGGCUAAGAAGAGGUCCUAAACUUAGUCCAAUACUAUUCCAUGCUCCUUCUGAAGUAUCUCUUGAAACUGUAUUCAUGCUCUUGUUACAUGCCUCCAAAUAAUUUCUGACAUAUGGUGACCUUAAAGCAAUCCUAUCAUGGUGUUUUCUUUGCAACAUUUCUUUGACAAAGAAGGCUAAAUCACCUUGUAAAACUACAACUCCUGUGAUUCCAUAGUAUUAACCCACGGCAGUUAAAGUAGUGGCAAACUGUUUUCAUUCUGCAGUGUAAAUGCAUCCACAGUCUGCUCUCCUGAACAUUAGCAUAACUGUCCUGGGGAGAAUUCUUCUUUCUCACAAAAAUACUAAUUCUAAAAUCUCAGAAGAUGAAGCCAGAGUAGUUCAUUUUGGUUUGAAACUGCUAUAAUUGUGUAGUAUGAAUACAUUAAGAAACACGUUAAUCUGGCACCACAUACUGGCAGCUCCUUGGAGAUGUCUUGGUGACCAGAGGUCAAAUCCUUGACUGGGCAUGAAAAUUGGUUGAGUGACCUCAGGCAAAUCAUCUUCAGAGAAAGGUAAAGGCAACCCCCCUCUGAACAAAUUUGGCCAAGAAAACGCUGUAAUUGUUUUGCUUCAGAGUUGCAAACAACUUGAAGCACACACCCACAAAGCAUUGGGGCCAUGAGUUUGAUUUUGAAAAUGUGACACCUGAUACAGAAGAAAUAUUGUCAGCCCACCAAAUUAGUCUGUCUCAAUAGCACUUCCAAAUUACACCUACAUUUGAUUUGCCAACUUCAUUUCCCUUUUGGCAAAACUGAAAGCAAGGUUUGCUCAGAGCUGGGAGGAACUUUAGCACUAUUUGGCGAAACCUAGCUUCUCUCAUCUGCUGAAAAAUAAAGGAAAUUCCUCUUUUAGGUUUUGACAAACCAGCACCUAGAAGCAGCAUGUUCAACUAGAAAUCCAGGAUACCAGGGGCUAAAUUCCUGCUCAGCCUUAAACAACCCACUGGAUGACCUUGAGUAAGCCACACUCUCAGCCUCAGAGAAAUGGCAAUCCCCCUAUUAAAUCAUCAAUUCUACCUAGAAAACUUUAUGAUAGAUUCACCUUAAGCUUCCCCAAGUCUGAAACAAUAUGAAGUAACACAACACAUGCAUCAGCUCUCAUAUAAAAGCAGAAAACGUUGAGUUUUGAGAUAGAACAAAUGCUUAUGUAAAAAAAAGUACAACAAUGAUUAUACAAAAUUAAGAUCUACUUGCAUAGUAAGACAAUGUAAUUUUUAGAUCCCUGCAUUUCUUCAAUAUUAACAAAGAAGUAUCUCUGUUUCAGUUCUAGAUGUUUAUUCCAAACUGGAGAAGGAGGCACUGUGAAUGACAUGUAAGGGAAAUGACUUAUUUAAAUAAUGUAUGGACAGUUCCAGUAUUGUGUAGAAAUAUGUAGUUGAAUAUGGAUGUCCAUCUCUCCACCAUGCUAUAGUUGAAGUAGCAUUUGCAUCAAGCUGUGUACAUGUACGUCCCUGCCACCACUAUGCUCAAUAUUAUACAUCGAUAGUGCGAUGGCAUUUUGAUUGACCUCAUAAGAUAUUACAACAAAAUAUUUGUAUGUGAAGCAUUUUCAGUGCUGCACAACUGCUAGAUGUUUUGUUCUGGCAGAAAAAUGUGCUACCACAUCUAGUUGGCCCCCUGUAUCUACUAGUUCUUCAUCCAUUGAUUCAACAAACCACAGCUUGAAAAUAAUCAGAAAAAUAAAAUUCCCAUAUGCAAA